AGAAUGAACCUCCUCUAAUCCCUGAUUCUUGGGACGGAGCGUUCAUCUGUUACCGUCCGUUCCGCACACGGGAUCAUCUGCGUGUUUACAUCCGGCAUCACAUCAAGAGCUCGAGCCCUGCAGGUACACUUCUUUCGGUAACUGUGGGAGGGUAGCAAUGAUCUCCAAGUUACUCUCCACCGCUUUCUUUUCCAUCCAAAGUCGAGUUGCACCUCUGUCGAGGUACCCGCUCUAAUUCUUUCCUGAUCUCUUAUGUAAAGCAGAGGUUCGUUCAGGAAUGGUGACAUCAAAUACCAUUGGAAGACUCUCCCGUAGCUCUGAAGCUCCCGGAGACCCGAAGGGCUUUUUCGCUUGCCUACUGCUCCCCAGCCCCCUUGAGCGGACCUUUCUAGGUUACCUUCGUACGGGAGUCGUGACGGCCAUCCUGGGGACUGUGGUGGCCCAACUCCUCGCCCUGCAACCGCCGGAUUCGGGGUUCGGGUACACAAUGGUCGGCAAGCCCCUUGCCACCGUGUGCUACUGUUUCUCCAUGUGCAUCACGCUGCUGGGUGCUUGCCGCGUCUGGAGGAUCCAGCAUGCCAUGUUUCUUGGGAAGACGUUGUCCGGAGGGUUUGAGAUCAUGACGAUCGCAGUGGGCUUCCUAGCGCUCAGCAUCGUCUUCUUCGGCUUUCUUAUUGCGCUCGACGUCGUCAAAGAAUCUUAAGGGUGAUCUAGUCCUCACCCUUCCGGCUCUCCACGAUGGCUUUGCAUGGCUCCAGGGAACCUAACUAGUCGGCCGUUCUGGCCUCGCAACGUUGAAUCUAUAUGCCGUUCUUGCGAAACGUGCCUUUUUUAAUAAUAACAAA